GAAUCUGGCAACCCUGGACGACUCAGCCGGUGGAAGCUUGUGUUUCCCUCUCACUUAGCAGAACGUCCGCCGUAGGUAGCCGGCUAGCAACAUGUCGAAAGUCGCGGAUACUAAGCUGUAUGACAUUCUCGGAGUCUCCCCAUCGGCCAAUGAAAAUGAACUUAAAAAGGCGUACCGCAAAUUGGCCAAAGAGUACCAUCCUGACAAGAACCCCGAUGCUGGAGACAAGUUUAAAGAGAUCAGUUUUGCAUAUGAAGUACUGACAAACCCGGAGAAAAAGGAGCUGUAUGAUCGCUAUGGAGAACAGGGACUACGGGAGGGCGGAGGAGGUGGGCCUGGAAUGGACGAUAUCUUCUCUCACAUCUUUGGUGGGGGACUUUUUGGGUUCAUGGGGGGCCAGGGCAGAGGUCGUAAUGGAGGAAGAAGGAGAGGUGAAGACAUGGUACACCCUCUGAAAGUUUCUCUUGAAGACCUCUAUAAUGGUAAAACCACCAAACUGCAGCUAAGCAAGAAUGUGCUAUGUGGUGCCUGUAAUGGUCAGGGGGGUAAGGCGGGUGCAGUGCAAAAGUGUGUGGCAUGCAGAGGAGUAGGUAUGAGGGUCGUGAUCAGACAGCUGGCCCCUGGUAUGGUCCAACAGGUGCAGUCAGUCUGCACAGACUGCAAAGGAGAGGGUGAGGUCAUCAAUGAGAAGGACCGCUGUAAAAAGUGUGAAGGUCAUAAGGUGUGUAAGGAAACAAAGCUCCUGGAGGUGCACGUGGAUAAAGGCAUGAAACACGGACAGAAGAUCACAUUCUCUGGGGAAGCUGACCAAGCACCAGGUGUUGAACCAGGAGACAUCGUCCUGGUACUACAGGAGAAAGAGCAUGAGGAAUUCCGCCGGGAAGGCAGUGAUCUUCACAUGGUGCAACGCAUUGGCCUGGUUGAGGCUCUGUGUGGCUUCCAGAUGACUGUCACACACCUGGAUGGACGUCAGUUGCUUGUCAAAUACCCACCUGGCAAGGUCAUAGAACCAGGCUCUAUUCGGAUGGUGAAGGGAGAGGGGAUGCCACAGUACAGAAAUCCGUUUGAGAAGGGAGAUCUUUACAUAAAGUUUGAUGUCCAGUUCCCUGAGAACAACUGGAUCAACCCUGAAAAGCUGAACGAGCUAGAGUGCCUGCUGCCAAGCCGUGCAGACGAACCUGUCAUUUCCGCUGACGCAGAGGAAGUAGACUUGACAGAUUUUGACAGGAGUCAAGGGACGGCCGGGGGCUCCAGGAGAGAGGCUUACCAUGAUAGUUCUGAUGAGGAGGGCGGCCAUCAUGGCCCAGGGGUGCAGUGUGCACACCAGUAGAAAAACUUUGAAGCAUGUUUACAUGCACAUCCCUUGAGUCCCACUGCUAACACCAUUCAAGACUUGACGCACAUACAUGCACAUUACUUUCCUUUCACAAUUCCUGUGAAUGACAGAUACACCCAUACAUUGACAUACACACACACCCUCCUCAGUUCUAUGGUGCCCAUAAGACAUGCUGGAGUUGUGAUUAUUAUUUUAUGUUAUAGACAGUAGUGCUCAGCAAAGUCUCAGGCCAGAACAUGACUCGGACCUCCAUGGUUUGUGUAAGACAAAAACAAGUAUUGUUGACUCAUGUCCAAGGUGUAGUGUACUCGAUCACACAUAAGUGCAUGCUGCUUACUUGCUGACAAUGUUGCACAUGUAGAACAGAGUCCAGACGCUAAUGUGUUCUGACACCACACGGAUAACGUCAGCCUGAAGAUUCUACACAGCCUGCUUGGACAUUUGCCUCAUUCUUGAACCAAGUUUUCAAAACGGGACUCGCUUGUGCUGCCCAGUACCCUGCUGUCACAUUGCUAGAAAAUGUCCUGAGUUGUAGUACGAUCAGGAACCAUGUCUUGUUUGGAGUUUUGUUUUUAUGUUAAAAAGUGUGUUUUGAGACCACUCAACGUAAUCUUUGAAGGCUUUCUUCAUUGUAAUGUGUGUAAUGCAGUGGCUCGGUGUGUUGGAUGGAGCUGCUAUGGAAUGUUCUGGCUUAAUUACGAUGAUUGCUAAUGCUGCCUUGUGUUAAGAUGUAAUGUGAGCGGAUGCUGUCGAACAAUUGAAUGUUUGCCAAGAAAUCUCCCCAAUGUCGGCAGCCCCUCACCACCCCAUUCACCUUGUCACAAGGAUAAAAAAAAACAUAUCAUUCCAUCAUCCUAAUUGUUAGUCAAAUAUAUUACAAUAUUGGCCACUUUGCUACACACAAGUCAACACAGCCACAAUCCUUUUGUGUACAACAGUGCCCUCUAUAAUCCCAAUCUUUAAUCUUGGCCAAUUUUGCUAUAUAACAAGGAUUUGAUGGCGCUUCAGUGUAUUUACAUUUGGUCCCAGAGGGUAGGUCACAACUGCAGGGGAGGUGAUUGUUGAUAUUAUUGUUAAUGCUUAUGUUUGUCCAGAUGGUAAUUAAACUGUAUAAUAAACA